AUGGUGAAAGGAUCAAGAGAAUGUGUGCCACUUGACGAUAAGACAACUUUGAUGAUUACAAUAUUCUUGUGCUUUGGUAUAGUUGUGUCUUAUUUACCUCAACAUUAUCGUAUUAUUGCAAACAAAACAAGCGAAGGCUUUAGCGCGUGGUUUCUCCUGUUGGGUGUCAUAUCCUCCUCUUCAAGCCUUUUGAACAUCACUGUCCUUCAGUGGGAUGCUAUCGUGUGCUGCAAGUCUCUUUCCACAGGAGCAUGUAUAGAAGGACUUAUGGGAAUUGUGCAGAUUGGAAUUCAGUGGUCCAUGUUUUGUCUUGUCUUUCUUCUAUACUUGAUUUACUUUCCAGAAAACAAAAAGAGAGAACCUCAUGCACCCACAAGUCUUCAUUUAGAGUUUCCCAACAAAAUUCAGCCACCCAUUUCUGCAGAAUGGAAGAUGUCACUUUUAGUGGCAACGCUUUGCAUAGGACACCUCGCCAUUUCGUUCUUUAUUUCUGUAUUGCUUUUGAUUAUUGUAGGCGGACCUGAACAUUGGUUAACCAACUACUGGGCUGGAUUCUUGGGUGUUUUAAGCAUGCUGUUUGCUUCCUUUCAAUACAUCCCGCAGAUAUGGAAAACAUGGAAUAGCAAAGUUGUAGGUGCUUUGAGUAUUCCAAUGAUGAUGCUACAGACACCUGGAACUGUACUGUUUAUGUAUGCACUGAUCGUCCGUCCAGGAACCAACUGGACAGCAUGGAUACCCUAUUUAGCUACCUGCAUCCUGCAAGGUGUAUUGCUUACUAUGUGCAUUGCUUGGCACUUUAGAAAUAAGCGAUUGAACAUCAGUGACUUGGACGGAGCACCUGAGCCGACAGAGGCAACACGUCUUUUGCAGUAG